UUCUCAUUCAUAAAUAGUCGUCUCGGCGUGCAGUCUUUCAUUCAUUCGUUCGUCCACAUCGCGGCGUCUUGUCAGUCUACAGAACCGUCGUACGCACUGAGCAGUUAUUAAUCGAGUAUAAGAUGUCUGACAAGAAAACAGUGGUUCUCGCUUAUAGUGGUGGUCUAGACACAUCGUGUAUACUGGUAUGGCUAAAAGAACAGGGCUAUGAUGUCAUAGCAUUUAUGGCCAAUCUUGGUCAAGUUGAUGAAGACUUUGAUGCGGCCAGAGAAAAAGCGAUUAAACUUGGAGCCAAAAAGGUAUUUAUUGUUGAUAUCAGGAAAGAAUUUGUUGAGGAGUUCAUCUACCCUGGUAUCCAAGCCAAUGCCUUGUAUGAAGACCGCUAUCAACUUGGUACAUCGUUCGCUAGGCCUGUAAUCGCAAGAGAGCAAGUACGAAUCGCAAAGCAAGAAGGUGCUGAGUAUCUAUCCCAUGGUGCAACAGGAAAGGGCAAUGAUCAAAUCCGAUUUGAGUUGACGGCCUAUGCACUGUAUCCAAAAGUCAAGAUUAUUGCUCCAUGGCGCAUUCCAGCAUUUUUUCAGCGAUUCAAAGGUCGCCCAGAUCUGUUUGAAUAUGCCAAGGCAAACAACAUCCCACUUCCAGUCACUCCUAAAAGUCCAUGGAGUAUGGAUGCCAAUCUUAUGCAUAUUAGUUUUGAAGGCGGUGUUCUUGAGAACCCCAAGCAUGAAGGACCUGAUGAUUUGUACCAGAUGACAACGGAUCCAAGGAAGUCACCAAAUGAGCCUGAUGUCUUGGAAAUUGAAUUCAAAAAUGGUGUGCCAAUAAGAGUGACAAAUGUGAAAGAUGGAACAGAGAAGAAAGUUCCUUUGGAUCUCUAUUUAUAUUGCAAUGACAUUGGAGGAAAACAUGGUGUUGGACGUAUUGAUAUUGUGGAAAACAGAUACAUUGGAAUGAAAUCUAGAGGUAUAUACGAGACUCCUGGUGGCACUAUACUUCACCAAGCUCACCUUGACAUAGAAACAUUUACAAUGGACAAGGAAGUACGCCGAUUGAAACAAGGGUUGGCUCUGCGUUUUUCUGAACAAGUUUACAAUGGUUUUUGGUACAGUCCGGAAUGCGUGUUCACCAGAGAGUGUAUAGCUAAAAGUCAAGAAGGAGUUGAAGGAACUGUAAAAGUUUCAGUCUUCAAAGGACAUGUGUAUAUCUUGGGAAGAGAAUCACCAUUGUCUUUAUAUAAUGAGGAAUUAGUCAGCAUGGAUGUACAGGGUGACUAUGACCCCACUGAUGUUGCUGGUUUCAUUGCUGUCAAUGCACUUCGGUUGAGAGAGUAUGGUCGUCUACGAUCCAAGAUGGCUGCUGACAAGUGAUUUAGUGAUUAGAUUAACACCAUAUCUAAGUAGUAGAAAUUACUUUUCUAUUACUCUAGAAAACAAUAUUUUAGCAGCAUUUUUAUUCAAAAUCUGAAAAUGAUUGUGAACAAAUAUAUCAAAUAUGUAAUAAUAUUGUCAUGUAUUUUUCAACAAAUUACAAAAUGUUAAACAUGACUACAUAUGGAUUAAAGUUACUUUGUGCCAGCAUUAUGGAUUGUGGUAUUUUAAAACUUAAACUUUUCCUUUGAAGAAGCAUUAGUAUGGUUAAUUACAUGAAUAGUUGUUGUUUCAAGUGUAUUAGCUGCAUUUGUAGUCAGAAUAUUGUAGAUAUCAUGAGGAUAAAUAUAUAGGUGCAUACCUUUAUAGUAUACAAUACUACUACUUGUGAUAAAGCAAAUAUGAAAUUCAAAGCAUUGUCAUGCAUAUCAGUUCAUGGUAAUGUAUAAUUCAAAAAUUCUUUGUGUAUGGCUAUCCCAUCUCGAUAUGACAAUCUUGUAGGUACUGGCUUCCGAUACCAAAGUCAUGUUUCAAACCUAACUCUGCCAGUUUUUCAAUAGCUCAGAAAAAAAUCAUUCACCUCUAAUAAUUCAAAGUCUUCACAAUUGGCUAAUAAUGCAAAGUGAGAAUCAAUGAACCAAUGGUUGUUACUAAUAUGUAUAUGCAAGAAUAGCAAUUGCAAUCUGCAUACUGUCAAUUACAUAAUAUACAUAACAAAAAGUUCAAGCGAGGAGUGAUAGAAAUAUAAACAUAUCGAAGACACAUGACUAAGAUUGGUACAACAAUAUAUGUAUCAUUGAACCAUUUAUGUACAGUCCCGCAUGCACAUUUAAGUGCUAUUAAUUGACUAUAUUUCAUAUUUAGUCGUUCAAUAUUUUGCUACAUUGUAUUUUAAAACCAUUUUGUUGCAAUUUAACAAUAUUUAAAGUACAAUGUCAAAUGUAGAAAUUCUUAUUUUGUGUAAUCAGUGUUACUAAUUUAGAACAGCAAUAAACUUGUAUCUUCAGGAA